GGCACCCGUCUUUUCCAGGUAGCCUGGCCCAGUAUUCCUGCCCGACACGCUCCGCACACAUCGUACCGCAGCCCAUCUCGCACAUGUCGCAGGACCAGCCUACAGACGACGCGUACUUGUACGAGGACGAAGAGUCCAACAGCAUCACGCCCGAAGACUGCUGGACGGUGAUCUCGUCCUUCUUCCAGGAAAAGGGCUUGGUGUCGCAGCAGUUGGACUCGUUCGACGAGUUCAUCGAGUCCAACAUCCAGGAGUUGGUGUGGGAGGACUCGCACUUGAUUCUCGACCAGCCCGCGCAGCACACGUCCGAGGACCAGUACGAGAACAAGCGGUUCGAGAUCACGUUCGGCAAGAUCUACAUCUCCAAGCCCACGCAGACCGAGGGCGACGGCACCACGCACCCGAUGUUCCCGCAGGAGGCGCGCUUGCGCAACUUGACCUACAGCUCGCCGCUCUACGUGGACAUGUCCAAGAAGAAGUUCUUGUCGGACGACCGCGUGCGCAAGGGCAACGAGCUCGAGUGGGUGGAGGAGCACGUGGACGGCGAGGACGCGCAGCUGAAGGUGUUCUUGGGCAAGGUGCCCAUCAUGCUCCGCUCCAAGUUCUGCAUGUUGCGCGACUUGGGCGAGCACGAGUUCUACGAGUUGAAGGAGUGCCCCUACGACAUGGGCGGCUACUUCGUCAUCAACGGCUCCGAGAAGGUGCUCAUUGCGCAGGAGCGCUCCGCCGCCAACAUCGUGCAGGUGUUCAAGAAGGCCGCGCCGUCGCCCAUCUCGCACGUGGCCGAGAUCCGCUCCGCGCUCGAGAAGGGCUCGCGCUUGAUCUCGUCCAUGCAGAUCAAGCUCUACGGCCGCGACGACAAGGGCACCACCGGCAGGACCAUCAAGGCCACCUUGCCGUACAUCAAGGAGGACAUCCCCAUCGUCAUUGUUUUCCGCGCGCUCGGCGUGGUGCCGGACGGCGACAUCUUGGAGCACAUCUGCUACGACGCCAACGACUGGCAGAUGUUGGAGAUGUUGAAGCCCUGCGUGGAGGAGGGCUUCGUCAUCCAGGAGCGCGAGGUGGCCCUCGACUUCAUCGGCAGAAGAGGCGUCUUGGGCAUCCGCAGGGAAAAGCGCAUCCAGUACGCCAAGGACAUCUUGCAGAAGGAGAUGUUGCCCAACAUCACCCAGGAGGCCGGCUUCGAGUCCAGAAAGGCCUUCUUCUUGGGCUACAUGGUCAACAGGUUGUUGCUCUGCGCCUUGGAGAGAAAGGAGCCCGACGACAGAGACCACUUCGGAAAGAAGAGAUUGGACUUGGCCGGACCCUUGUUGGCCUCCUUGUUCCGCAUCUUGUUCAAGAAGCUCACCAGAGACAUCUACAACUAUAUGCAGCGCUGUGUGGAGAACGACAAGGAAUUCAACCUCACCUUGGCCGUCAAGUCCCAAACCAUCACCGACGGUUUGCGCUACUCCUUGGCCACUGGUAACUGGGGCGAGCAGCGGAAGGCCAUGAGCGCGCGUGCCGGUGUCUCCCAGGUGUUGAACAGGUACACCUACUCUUCGACCUUAUCUCACUUGAGAAGAACAAACACCCCCAUCGGCCGGGACGGCAAAAUCGCCAAGCCCAGACAGUUGCACAACACCCACUGGGGCCUCGUGUGCCCCGCAGAAACCCCCGAGGGCCAGGCCUGUGGCUUGGUCAAGAACUUGUCCUUGAUGACGUGUAUAUCCGUCGGCACCUCGUCCGAGCCCAUCUUGUACUUCUUGGAGGAGUGGGGCAUGGAGCCCUUGGAGGACUACGUGCCUUCCAACGCACCCGACUGCACGAGGGUGUUUGUCAAUGGUGUUUGGGUCGGAACCCACAGAGAACCCGCACAGCUUGUCGAUACAAUGAGAAGAUUAAGAAGAAAGGGUGACAUCUCGCCUGAAGUCUCUAUCAUCAGAGACAUCAGAGAAAUGGAGUUCAAGAUCUUCACUGAUGCAGGCCGUGUUUACCGUCCGUUGUUCAUCGUGGACGACGACCCCGAGUCCGAGACUAAGGGUGAAUUGAUGUUGCAGAAAGAGCACGUCCACAAAUUGUUGAACUCGGCUUACGACGAAUACGACGAGGAUGACUCGAGUGCAUACACGUGGUCGUCGUUGGUGAAUGAUGGUGUCGUCGAAUAUGUGGAUGCAGAGGAGGAAGAAACCAUCAUGAUUGCAAUGACGCCGGAGGACUUGGAGGCCUCUAAGAGCUCUUUGUCGGAAACACAACAGCAUGACCUUCAGUUGGAAGAGCAGGAGCUUGACCCUGCAAAGAGAAUCAAGCCCACUUACACCUCUUCCACUCACACCUUCACUCAUUGUGAGAUUCAUCCUUCCAUGAUUCUCGGUGUGGCUGCUUCCAUCAUUCCGUUCCCCGAUCAUAACCAGUCCCCACGUAACACAUACCAAUCGGCUAUGGGUAAGCAAGCCAUGGGUGUGUUCUUGACAAAUUAUGCCGUCAGAAUGGAUACGAUGGCCAAUAUUUUAUACUACCCUCAAAAGCCUUUGGCUACCACAAGAGCCAUGGAACACUUGAAGUUCCGUGAGUUGCCUGCAGGUCAAAAUGCUGUGGUCGCCAUUGCUUGUUACUCUGGUUACAACCAAGAAGAUUCCAUGAUCAUGAACCAGUCCUCUAUUGAUAGAGGUCUAUUCAGAUCGUUGUUCUUUAGAUCAUACAUGGAUUUGGAGAAGAGACAGGGUAUGAAAGCCUUGGAGACCUUCGAAAAGCCUUCGAGAUCUGACACCUUGAGAUUGAAACAUGGAACAUACGAAAAGUUGGAUGAUGAUGGUUUGAUCGCACCUGGUGUUAGAGUCAGUGGUGAGGAUAUCAUUAUCGGAAAGACGACGCCUAUCCCUCCUGACACUGAAGAGUUGGGUCAAAGAACGCAAUACCACACCAAGAGAGAUGCUUCUACUCCUUUGAGAAGCACAGAGUCGGGUAUUGUUGAUCAGGUCUUGUUGACAACCAACGGUGAUGGAGCCAAAUUCGUGAAGGUGAGAAUGAGGACUACCAAGGUUCCUCAAAUUGGAGACAAGUUUGCUUCUAGGCAUGGUCAGAAGGGUACCAUCGGUGUCACUUACAGACACGAAGAUAUGCCAUUCAGUGCACAAGGUAUUGUCCCUGACUUGAUUAUCAACCCACAUGCUAUUCCAUCUCGUAUGACGGUUGCGCAUUUGAUUGAGUGUUUAUUAUCCAAGGUUUCCUCCUUAUCUGGUUUGGAAGGUGACGCAUCUCCAUUUACGGAUGUGACCGCAGAAGCGGUCUCCAAGUUGUUGAGAGAACACGGCUAUCAAUCCAGAGGGUUCGAAGUCAUGUACAACGGCCACACUGGUAAAAAGAUGAUGGCUCAGGUUUUCUUUGGUCCAACAUACUAUCAAAGAUUGAGACAUAUGGUGGAUGAUAAGAUUCAUGCAAGAGCCAGAGGACCAGUGCAAGUAUUGACUAGACAGCCCGUUGAAGGUAGGUCCAGAGACGGUGGUUUGCGUUUCGGAGAAAUGGAAAGAGAUUGUAUGAUUGCUCAUGGAGCGGCCGGUUUCUUGAAGGAGAGAUUGAUGGAGGCGUCCGACGCUUUCAGAGUGCACGUUUGUGGAAUCUGUGGUUUGAUGUCCGUGAUUGCCAACUUGAAGAAAAACCAAUUUGAGUGUCGGUCAUGCAAGAACAAGACCAACAUUUACCAAAUCCACAUUCCGUAUGCGGCCAAGUUGUUGUUCCAGGAGUUGAUGGCAAUGAACAUUUCUCCUAGGUUGUACACGGAGAGAUCUGGGAUUAGCGUCCGUGUUUAACUGAGGACACUAUUACAUGUACUAUACGCAGAUUCAAGAGGGGCUAUGUAUCACGAGAGAGAAAAAAAUUAUAGCCAAAUAAUAAAAUCACCGGUUUGAGAUAGUUAGU